AUGCCCAUCAGCUUCACCACUGCUGAACAUCCCCCACGAAAAUGGGAAGCCCGGAGGGCAUCUAAUAUCAAAGAGCUAUUUGAAUGGUCUUGUCACAAAGACUAUCGCUCCAGUGAAAGAUUGAUGCAACAUUCGUUUCCCCCUAGUCUCUUUCGCACUUCUCAUAUCUCACCCUCUCAUCAUGGCUUCGUCUGGGCAGUGUUCCUUGCCUACAGCGGUCACCAGAAUUUGACAGUACGACCAGAGGAUGUGUGGUUCUCCAUUUUGACCCAAGUCCGAUACUAUAUCAACGCACAUGCAGAAGAAUUGCGAUCAUCAUUUGUUUCACACGAGGGAAAAAAGGAGCUCGUGGCUGUUGAUAAUACGCUGAUUGGCGGCCCCGACUUUGGUGCCAUGGCACUGAAGAUGGCUGCGUUGAUUGAGCAAAAUAUAGUGGACAAGGAGUUGCGGAGCUGGAUUAUGCCGAACUUUAGUACCACAACCGAAUCUGACGAUGUGGUUGCAGCUAUCCUGAUGAUGGGCGCCAUGGAGAAGUACUUUUCGUAUGUAAUGGUCCUUUGUGGGAUUCCAUCCGUCACUUUGUUGGGCGAACGAGAGGACUGGGUAAUCCUUGUCGAGAAACUUGAGAAACUACAUCAGCUUGGAGACGAACCUGCGCGAUUUGCUCAGCUUCUUCGACCCAUCCUGAAUCAUUUUGUGGCCUCAUUUGAUUAUCCAGAGUCACCAGAAGUAGUAAGUUUCUGGAAUAGGUGUGCUCACAGAAACCAUAUGAUGAGUGGAGUGGACUAUUUAUGUGGGUGGCUUUCGGUAUUCUGUUUCUGGGAUGAAGAUGGGAAACUGUUGUACCCAGAGCCGAUUCAUCCCACCAGCUCAUUGGAGUUCCACGCACGAAACACUGUGGGAUUGGAAGACGCCGUAUCCCGCCGUGUUGACACCAGCGAUAUCCCAUCGGGUUUCGCCUCCGUGCCAGUUACUGUCAAGGCCGAAGGAAGGGAGUAUGAGGCAAUGAUGGUAGCUGGACUGAUAGGCAUUCAGGCCACAUCAAGUGGAGCAAUGUUGGAUGGCACAAGAGACCACAAAGACAGCAAUGCGUACCGAUAUGACGAAGAUGAAGAUUCGAAGCCAAUCGCUUAUAGCAUUUCUCCACCAACCGAGGAGCCUGGACUGGAUUCCAUCCAGCCAUUAUCAGGAUGGUUGAUGUAUGAAAAAUCUCGUGCGGAGGAGAUUGAAUAA